AAUAGAUUACAUGCGGAAGUAAAAUAAGGAAAACAAACGAGCUAUUCCAUUCUUCGUAGUUUAGGAAGAGGGAGAGAAAUCGGCUUUUGGUUCUAUAGGUGAAGUAGCAGUCUGCUGGACAUUACGACCUAAGACGCCAACAAUAAAGAUGGAGGUUUUAUUUGGGCGGAGAAAGACCCCAGAGGAGAUGCUGAGACAGAAUCAGAGAGCAUUGAACAGAGCCAUGAGAGAUCUGGACAGAGAGCGCCAGAGGAUGGAGCAGCAGGAAAAGAAAAUCAUAGCUGAUAUUAAGAAAAUGGCAAAACAGGGACAGAUGGAUGCUGUGAAGAUCAUGGCUAAGGACUUGGUUCGCACCAGGAGAUAUGUGAAGAAAUUCAUCAUGAUGAGAGCCAAUAUCCAAGCAGUCAGUCUUAAAAUCCAAACCCUCAAGUCAAACAACAGCAUGGCACAGGCCAUGAAAGGAGUCACCAAAGCCAUGGCCACGAUGAACAGACAGUUAAAGCUGCCACAAAUUCAGAAGAUCAUGAUGGAGUUUGAGCGCCAAAGUGAAAUUAUGGACAUGAAGGAAGAAAUGAUGAAUGAUGCAAUUGAUGAUGCAAUGGGAGAUGAGGAUGAUGAAGAGGAAAGUGAUGCUGUAGUUUCCCAAGUGCUGGAUGAGUUGGGUCUGAAUCUUUCAGAUGAACUCUCAAGCCUGCCAUCUACUGGAGGAAGUCUUUCAGUUGCUGCUGGGAAGAAAGCUGAGCCACAGCCAACUUUGGCAGAUGCAGAUGCUAACCUGGAGGAAAGACUAAAUAACCUCAGAAGAGACUGAGGGAGACUUUAGGGUGGAAAUGUGCAUAAAGUUUUGUAACAGCUUACCAUAGUGUUCAUAGAUUAAGUAAGAGGACAGAUGGGCACUGCAGUAUUUGGAUGCAGUGUCAUUCCCCCCCCCCCCCCCCCCCCUUUUUUUUUUUCCCCCAACUGUAAAUGUGCUAUAUGUUGGUCUACCAAACAAGUGCUCAAAACAAAGAUUUAUCUUCAGUUUUCAGCACCUUGCUGAAACUAGCAGCAGUAUAAAACACUAGUAUGUUAACCAAAAAAAAUGUAUACAAUCUGCUGCUUAGUGAAAUAAAGACGUAAAAAAAGGCUGUUAUUUUAUAUAUGCCAUGUCACUGUAAUACCAUUUUAUGGUUUUCUUAUAGAACUAAUUCUUGCAAGCCUGGUGGUUUGUACAUUUUAAUCAGAAUGUUUAACCUUUGAGCUGGAUCGAGUUCAUGAUCAGAAAAUCCUUUUGCUACAUUUUCCUAAAUGUUUCGCACAACAGUAUGUAAUGAGCCAUUGGGAUUUGGUAUCUAAAUGAUGGUUCUUAAUUUCUCUUUAAAAAAAAGUGUACUUUAAUGUAUUUAUCAGCAAGUAAAUCAAAUGGGGAUGUUUUGCCUUGUUUUUCUUUUCUUAAUAAAUAUUUUUCACAUUUA